UAUCAGCAGUGUCACAGCAUUCUGCGUGUGAAACAGUUAGACUUUAGAAUUUGAAACAUAGCUUCACUUGAAAUGUUUGGCUGGACAUUCUCAACCCUGACUCUGACCCUUUGUCUCGUAGUGGGUCAGGAUACAUGGACAGUUCUUAUCCAAUCCCGUGAAGCAGUGACGGUGACUGAGGGUGGGACAGUGACAUUUCGCUGUGAUUUGCGGAGCAGUAAUGUCUAUUACACCGUGGACAGAUACACCGUACACUGGCACCAUUCCCGAGACGGGCCGGUCAUACUGAGUCAUUAUACGGACGGCGGUGUUUACCGAUCGAAGCAGCGGUACUCUGAGCGGUUUCAGCUUUCCAGAAAUGUGACCAGUAACAGCUUCAUUCUGACCAUCAGAGAGCUGCAGCUCAGUGACACCAAUACCUACUUCUGUCAGAUUUGGGGGGAUAUCUUUGGGAACGGGACCCGGCUGAAUGUGACCAGUGCAAAUGUCCCAGUCCUUCUCCAGUCUCCGAGCCUGGAACGUGUCACUGAGGGUCACACUGCCCGGUUACAGUGCACCAUGAGGAAUGCCGCAGUGACACACACCGAUGUUCAUUGGUAUUGGGAACAACCAGGGAAUACCAUGCAGUGGGGUUUAACACAUGACACGAGGAACAUCACACGACGGAGCUCAGGAUUCACUGAGCGAUUCCAAUCUUCCAGAGACUCCUCCAAUGAAACCUUCAUUCUGACCAUCACAAAUGUGCAGCCCAAUGACACUGGAGUCUAUUACUGUAAAGUAUGGGGAGAUAUCAGUGGGAAUGGAUCCCAGCUGAAUGUAACAGACCCAUUGGCUGAUCCAGUCCUCAUUCAGGAUCCAGUGGUCAGCAAGGUACCAGAGGGUGAAACUGUCGAAUUCCAGUGUGCCAUGCACAAUGCCAGUGUGAUUGACACUGAUGUCCACUGGCACUACCAGCGACCUGGCAGCAACAGGAAGUGGGUGAUAAGCCACUUUGUGAAUGGCACCCUCACCAAGGCCCACGGUUUCCAUGAUCGGGUUCAGCUUUCCAGGAAUGUCAGCAGGAACAGUUACAUUCUGAGCCUUGUGAAUGUGACUCGGAAUGAUACUGCUGUGUACAGCUGCAGUGUGUGGGGCUACAUCUAUGGAGCAGGGAACCAGCUCAAUGUAACUGUUGCAACUCCCCCAGUCCUUCUCCAGUCUCUGAGCCUAGAAGGUGUCACCAAGGGUCACACUGCCCAGUUACAAUGCACCAUGAGGAACGCCGCAGUGACACAUACCGAUGUUCACUGGCACCGGAAACAACCAGGGAAUAACAUGGAGUGGGUUUUAACACAUGACGUGAGGAACAUCACACAACGGAGCCCAGGAUUCACCCAGCGAUUCCAGUCUUCUAGAGCCCUCUCCAAUAACAGCUUCAUUCUGACCAUCACAAAUGUGCAGCCCAAUGACACUGGGGUCUAUUACUGUAAAGUGUGGGGAGAUAUCAGUGGGAAUGGAACCCAGCUGACUGUAACAGAACAAUCUGGAAAUUGGUUAUUAAUGAUCAUCAUUGGCACCACCCUGGCAUUUGUUCUCUUACUCUGCAUCUUUCUCAUCGUACUUCUUUACAUGAAGAAAUGGGCCUGUUUUCAAUUCCGAUCAAAACCAGAAGGGACCUCUGAAGAAGAGCUUAAUACGGUCUAUGCAACAGUCAGUGAAAAAGUGCAGAAAAACGAACAGGCCCCUACUCCAUUGGAGGAAGGGGAGCUGUAUUACGCUGAUAUCCAUUUCUUCCGAAAGAAAACCACAGGACAAGUUAUGGUGAUGACUGAGGAGACAACUGAGUACGCUACCAUUAAACAUACAUAGAGAAGAGAAAUCAAUUCUUCUGCAAGUGACGAGGAGCAGUGUUUGCUACCAUUAACUCCAAAAUCAGCAGCAACAGGGAUAAUGGGUCAUCACAAUCGCUUAUUGAUAUUUCUGCUUGAUAACUAUUCCUGAAUUUCCAGGAUGCAGCUUCCUGACAGAUUGAAGUCUCUGGGCAGUGAGUCCAUAAGGUGACCAGAUUUUUAAGUUAGAAACCAAGAUGAGUUUAACAGGCAUGGGAAAGAGGGGCAUCGCUGAAGAUUAACACAUUGGGUGACCAGUGGGAGGAGUCUCAAGGUUGAGCAUUGAAAUUGGGGUGGGUGGGGAAUGAGGGUGGCGGGGGUAAUAGUCACAUGAUGACACUUUCCGGACUAUCUCCAGCUGGAGUUGGUGACCUUCUCUUACACUUUGUUUCUAAAAGGUCAUCCACAAAGGGGCCUUCGGUGCUAAAGACAGCUCCUUUGGAGUCCAGAACGAGGGCUCACAGUCCAAGGAUAUGGAGUAGGCAAUUUAGGACUGAGAUAACAAGAAAUGUCUUCACCCAGCGAUUGGGAAGCCAGUGGAACUCUCUAUCACAGGAAGUGGUUGAAACUAAAACAUUAACUAUUUUCAAGAAGGAGUUAGACAUAUUUCUUAGGGCUAAAGAGAUCAAAAAGCUUGGGGGAAGAGAAAACAAGAACAGGAUAGUGAGUUAGAUAAUUAGCCAUCUUCAUAUUGAAUGGCAGAGUAGGCUCGAAGGGCUGAAUGGCCUCUUCCUGCUCCUACUUUCUCUGGCAGGGGUGAGGUGAAGGCCGAGGAGAGAGGCUGAGUAUUGGCAGAGGAGAUACAUGAUGUUGACCUUGAAAAAGUUGUACCUUACUGUCAAGCCUCUUCCAAGGAUAUAGGAUUCACUGCGCUAGGUGAAGUAAUGGGGGCUUCCAGGGAAAAAAACAAUUACGUCAGACUGACUCUCUCCUAAGACCCAGAUUACAUUCUCAGCUAGGGAAAAGAUGAGAACUGAGCUAUUUGAACUAUUUUCGGGAAAUUAUCAGGAACUCAGCAGAGUUUGAGAAACUGAGACAGUCCCUUUGAAAGCCUAGGAAUCUGGUCACCCCAUGAGCCCACUCACCAGCAGCAUUGUCUCUCAGGAUGUGAGCUGAGCAGAAGCCAGAGAGACCUCCCUAUUUUAUUUAACUUAGAUUCCUCCCCAAACUUAGCAGGAGGUUCUCCCUUGUUAAACUCAACAAAAUUAAACUGCCCUGGUGACCAAGAACACCCGGAUUCUGAACUCCCGAACCUCGUUCACAUGCUUUCCCACUAAAGAUUCAUAUGGACUCAUCUUCGUCAUAUGAGACCCUUGCCUGCCUUGGGUUUUGUCAUUAGCAGGGAAUCAAUGAGCUGAUUUGAGAAGACUGACUUCAGUGUCUCAUGUAACUGCGCUGAACAAAACAAACAUACUUUGGACUAGGGGUUGAACCAAUUGCAGAUUUAUUUAAGGCAUUUUAGAAUGGCAGGGAUUUUAUUUUUAUUCAAAUGUUUAAAGCUGGACAGAUAACUAAACAAUUGUGUAAAAUCAAAGUAAAAAUAAUGAAGGUGAUUUUAGUGAAGAGUGAAAUGGAAUGAAUGCUCAGACAGAGCAGGAAUCAUUCUUUUCAUGUGUUUGUGAGGUGCUUUUAACCUUUUGAGGUGUGUUGAAGAAUGAGCUCAAUGGAGGGAGUGAGUGGUUACGAUCUGCAAUCUUUACCCGCUCACCUGUCUCAAUGCUGAACACGAAACUCACACCUUUUAUUCUGAAAUUGUAAAAUAGUAUAUUUUAGGAAUCCAUAAUGCAAGCAUUUACACAUUUCCUGCAAUUAUUAAACAGCUUCAUUAUUUUA